AAAAAUCAUGACAUAAGUCAAGUUUUCAUUUUUGUGUAACAUACAAAAAUAUUUUUAAUUACUUUUAUGAAUAAUUAUAGUCAAAAAUAUGCCUAAGAACUGCAUGAAAUUAACCUCUGGGGGGAAGGGGAACCUUGGGAAAUUCAUAGAACGAGACCCAAACGUCUGUGCAGCUGGUAAGCCUUCAGCUCAGGCACAGGAAACUGUUGCGCUAGCACUGCAACAUUAUCUACUGAAAGACGCUGCAGAUGCUCUUUUAAGUGACGCUAUAAUCCCUGAACCAAAACCUCGACCCCUCCCACCUUUACGUAAGCCCAUACCCCAAGAUACACGAAAUUCAGGUCCUUUUAAUCAGGUGGCUGAUCUCAUCAAUCCUCCUACUAAAUCCAAAUUUAAAUGUCUUGUUGAUGACUUUAUGGAUACGGCAUACACAUCAUAUUGGAAGAAACCUCUCGGAAGAGUUAGAGAUCCUGUACCUAUGCUUCCAGAAGGUUUUGACGCUACUGGAACAACUUUCGGCAAACCUACUGAAUACAGUUGUGACUUGUAUGAAGUGAUAACGCCCAAAAUUCCUCUACCGGAUAAAACACCUUACUCUGAAGGACCUGGCGUGCAGGUAAACCGCAACUAUUGUGCACCAGCAUUUUCUAAGGAUUUCACUUAUGGAUACCGUACGUUUGUUGACAAGCGAGGCACAUAUGGCCGGUGUUGUAUCACUGAUGAUAGGACUAUACUUGGCACCGCAGAUAGAGCAAUAAUAAGUUCCGUACAGUCCAACUUUUUGGAUGCCACUCAACCAAGAAUCAGUAAAGUUUUAGCACCUAAUAAUAACAUUAAAGAUGUGCCACAUGGAUAUACUUUUGGUAGACUCAAGGCUCCAGAUAAUUUACCUGAGUGUCUAACAUUUUGUGAAAUCAAUCCAGGGGUUGCGUUCUUUAGAAAAUGUUUGAAUCAUCUUAACACCUUGAGGAAGGGAUUUUCCAGGCGAUUUUUACCUUCAUUUUUCCAUAAGUUUUACAUGAAUCUAAAAUAUUACGACAAAGAGAGAACUGGUUGGCUCCCAAAAGAUUUCGUUUAUGAGUAUUGUGCAACGAAACUCAUAAGAUUUGACCAUUCGUUAAUUGAGCCCCUUUUGUCGAUGUGGGAAGCUUUCGACGGACAGAGAAUUAAAUAUAAAACUUUUGUACUCGUUCUUAAUUACAGAAUACCUUCUCCAGAAAUACCUAAAAUACAUGACCUACCGGAAGAUUGUCUUGAUUUUCGCACAACUUAUACUGAAAUGGUUAAACCUGGACAGGAAGUAGAUAAUGGGCUCAGAGCUGGAUUGCCGUCGGGAAGAUAUUUUGAUCGGCCUUAUCCUAUCAUUCCUGAGAGAUUGUCUAAAGCAGACACGAUUUGUCUUCCGCAGGAGUCUGACGUUAGGUGUUGCAUUAGUCCAAGUGUCCUAACAUUGCUCUUUGUUAGUCAUCGAGAUUUGUUCGAGAAAAGAGAGCCUCACACUGUUAGAAGAGUAUUCGAGGCAGCUGGAGAAAAGUUUACCGACGAAAAAUUCAACGCUGUUUGGGAAGCAGCCAAGAAACUUCAUUCACAAGGUUGGGUUUGUUAUGAAACAUUCAGACAAACAUUAGAAAAUCAUCCGGAGCUUUAUGAAAUAAAAGAAGAAGAAAUCGAUUUGAAUGCAUAAUGAUUUA